CACGGACUACGCAUGAGUGACGUCAAGCGCGCUGGCCCGGCCGCCGUACUCGCGUCAUUACGGUACCCGGAAGUGACUUUGAAUGAAAACGGUCCUCGUUUCUUUGAACGAAUAAAGAAAAUAUAAAUAAAUAUAAACAAACGGACAGACAACAGUCGCGCGCAGCGGGGUGUCCUCCGGCGCGCGCGGUGAACGGGGGAAUCAGCGGUGCGUGAGCGCGCGAGAGAGCGUGACAGUGAGAGAGAGAGAGAGCGUGUGGUGUAGUGUGCGUGUGCGCGCGCUGCGGCGGCGGAGCGACAUGAACAGCAUGAGUGCGAGCGGCUCCUCCGGCACGUUCAGCCUGCAGGACUGCGAUGUGGUCGGCUUCGAUCUGGACCACACGCUCUGCAGAUACGACCUGAAGGAGACCAGCAGGCUCAUAUAUGAGAGUUUUGCACGAUAUCUGGUGGAACAUAAAGGCUACGAUAAAGACCUGCUGAAUCUGACUCCGGCUGCCUGGGACUUCUGUUUUAAGGGCCUGGUGGUGGACCUGGAGGAGGGGAACCUGGUCAAACUGGCCGAGGACGGAACCGUUCUACGAGCGACUCACGGCACUCGGGAUCUGAGCCAAGAGGAGAUAAUAAAGCACUACGGUCCUAAAAGAGAGUGGACGCAUUUUAACAGCCUCAACAGCACGUUUACCCGCUCAGCUAAAUAUUAUUUCUAUGACAACUACUUCGACCUUCCUGGAGCUCUGCUCUGCGCUCGGGUGGUGGACGUGUUGAACAAGCGAGGCAGUGAGGUUACGUCUGACUUUUGGAAGGACAUGGUUGCUGCCAUUGAUCACAAUUACAACACAUCUGCAUUCCGAGAGGACUCUGGCUGGUAUUUCCCGCGAGUGAAGCGUGAUCCAGGGCGCUUCCUGCAGCCGUGUUCAGCCUCGGUGCGCCGCUGGCUCCGCAGCCUGAAGGAAAAUGGCAAAAUCCUCCUCCUCAUCACCAGCUCCCACUCAGACUACUGCAGGCUGGUCUGUGAUCACAUACUGGGGAAGGACUUUGAGGAUCUUUUUGAUGUCAUCAUCACGAACGCUCUGAAACCGGGUUUCUUCUCCCUCAUUCCUCAGCAGAGACCCUUCAGAACGCUGGUGAACGAUGUGGAGGACUCUGAGGGUCUUCCUGGUCUGGAGAAGCCCGGCUGGUACUCUCAGGGAAACUGGCCUCACCUACACGACCUGCUGAAGAAGAUGACGGGCAGAGCUGAGCCUCGGGUGGUGUAUUUCGGGGACAGUAUGCGGUCUGACAUGUUUCCAGCAUUCAGUUUUGGGAAGUGGGAGACGGUGAUGAUCGUAGAGGAAAUGGAGGGAGAGGGUGUGGCCAGAGCAAACCCUGCCCCCAGCCAGCCGGCUGAGAAGAAGAGCAAAUUUGAGGAUCAGGGUAUGAAGACCCCCUCUGCGGCCUCGCAGCAGUGGGGUUCGUAUUUUGUGGACGUUCAGAGGGAUGAAGGUGGAGAGGAGCGGCUCAGACUGACCUGGUGCUCCCACUGCAUUCAUACGUACAGCACCAUGGCCAUACCCAGCAUAGAGGCUAUCGCAGAUUUGCCUCUGGAUUAUAAAUUCCCGCGGUUUUCCCCGGAUAAACCCAGCACUACAGGCUAUUACCCCCGACCCCCGGACACACUGUUGAAGAGAGAGUAGAACCAAUCCUGAACCCACACAUGCUGAAAAGGCACUGACAGUGUGUGUGUUACUGAAAUGUGAAAGAACGUGUGUGUAUGUGUUAUGGAAUAUAGCAGGACUGAUUCUGAAUGUUUUCACAUGAUUGAGGUUCAUACUUGACCAGCCAAAUCCACCCCAUUACUAUAGAGCACAAAACUCACCCGUCACCAUAGAACCCUAACCCGCCACAUAUUAUAGAACCCAAACUUCCUCAUCGCUAUAGAGCACAAAACCACCUGACACUAUAGAACUCCCCCAUCAUUACUUAAGAACCCAAGUCCACCCCAUUACUACAGAACCCAAACCCCCCACAGCACUAUAGAACUCAAUCCCACCUCAUUACUUUAGAACUUUAGAACUUAACCCACCCCAUCAUCAUAGAACCCAAAACCACCCCAGCAAUACAGAAACCCAAUCCCACCCCAACUCCUCAGUGCUGCUGUGAAACUGUGUGUGUGUGCUGUUUAGUGUUUCUCAUCCACAGUGCCAGUGAACCAUACCGAACCGCACUGACCCGCACUGAACCAUACCGAACUGUACUGACCCAUACUGAACCGUACUGAAUAGUACCAAACAGUACUGAUCGGUACUGAACCGUACCGAACCAGUACUAAACCAGUACCAAACCAAUACCAAACCGUACUGAACUGUACUGACUUGUACCAAACCAGUACCAGUACUGAACCGUACAAACUGUACUGAAUUACUACUAAACUUGUACUGAAUUGUACUGAACCGUACUAAACCAGGACUGAACCGAACUAUACUUUAAUGAAACAUAUUGACCCAUACUGACCUGGACUGUACUGAAUUGAACUGUACUGACCCGUACUGACCCAGACUGUAUUGACCUGUGCUGAACCAUACUGCCUGGACUGUACCGAACCGUAUGAAACCGGACUGUAGACAACCUCGAAUGGACUGUGUGUGUGUGUUAUUUUUUACAGCACCUCACACUGAAGAUUCUUUAAUGAAGUGUUUAAAACGUGAUGUUAGUGAUCAUUGGCUUCUUCUAUCUCGUGGUUGUUCCUGAUUGGCUGUUUAAAGGUGUAAAGCUGCUCUCAUUGGUGAAUGUGUCGGCUCAUCAUUCCUGAUCAAACAGCUGAAUGUUCAGGCUUUUCUCUCGCAAUAAGAUUAGAUUGUAGUGUUUCAGGAGCCCAGACUCAGACGUGGAGAGAGAACACCAUCAGUGUAUCCAUCACGCUCCAUCGUCCAGUGUGUCACAGUGACUCUGUGUGUUUCUAGGGGGUUUAUCUUGUUUUUAGGGGGGAUUUUCCUUUGAGUAUUUCUGAGGCUGUAUGUAAUCCUCCAGAUCAGACGACGGGGUUCCAGCCUUUUAAAGUCUGUUCUGUUGUGAUCAUCGUGGUGUUGUACUGUGUGUAGAGGAGUAUGUCCAUCCAGCCGUCUGUGCAGAAAUAACCGUCCAGAAAUAAAGAUGUUCUCCUGCA